AAAAAAGCAAAGAAAGUGAGAGCGAGAAGGAUGAUGGGUUGGGUAUGCCUUCCUUCUUUCCGGAAGAAGAAGGAGAUGAAACACCGCCAACUUCCUCGCAGAGUGAACCGAUGGAAGACAAGUAUUCAUUAUCGCCCUUCAAGAGUAAACUACACCCAAGAAAGAAGAGCAAGUCUAGUACGCCAAAAUUACAACAGAUGACCUUGGACUUAGGUCAAAAGAUGCGAAUUGAUUGUCGUAAAUGCGGCAUGUCCUACGACCGUACAGAUACAAAAGAUGUGCAAAUGCAUAGCCGACACCAUUCUGCCAUGAUGCAAGGAAUGGAAUGGUGUUUGCGCAAUCCAAACAAGAAGGGCAGAUUGAUCGGACAGCACAAAUUACCCAAAUCUUCCAUCGAUGCCUAUGUGGCCGAACAAGAUGUCGGAUCGAGAAAAACGAGCAAAGACGAAAAUGAAGUUCAACUUUGGGCUUUUGCUAUUGGUAAAGGCCAGCAAGACCCUUCGACAUUUAGUGUUUUGCAAGAUGUGAAAAACAUCAUGGAUUCAGCUUUGGGUGCUGUCCCGAUUGAAUUAGGAACGAGUGGCGAGAGAGAAUGUCAAGAUAAGCUCAUCGUGGCUGUAUGGCGUGAUCGUGUGGUGGGGAGUGCACUUGUAGGUGAAUUGCCAAAGUCCGUUGAUAUUUAUCGCAUUUCAUCCGAAUCGGAGAAAGCAGUGAUCAUCGACACAACCGAUAAAGCGGGAUGGGAAAAGGUACCGCUGGCUAUUCAUCGUAUUCAUGUCAUUUCCAUCCUUCGUCGAAGUGGGAUCGCAAGUGCAAUGUUGGAUGCUGCUUUGAACGAUUGCGUUUAUGGUUUGGACAGGCAAGAAGUGAUUCGUACGAUCGGACAAGGAUCAAAAGCAAAUACAACAGCUUUCAGUCAACCAACGGAAAGCGGUCGAUUAUUGGCACAAAGGUGGAUACAAGAAGAAAGUGGGGAAAGCAACGGUGUUCUAGUCUUUCAAGAAGCUUGA